AUGCACGCUACUACAUCCUCCAUGAUGAUCCCACCCCUCGCGGGUAUCCCUCCGAACCAACAUCCCUUCAUCAAUCAAGUUGCUUCGAAUGGGGUCUCAAAUACUGCAAGACCUGAAACUAUGGAUACUUCAAUCCUGGAAUCAUCUGAACCGCCCGUGAAGAGGCUUCGAACAGAGAAUGGCCCCGUUGCCGCCUUUGCUUAUCCUCCUCCUUCUGUUCCCCCGGAAUAUCAGCACAAUCCCGCUGGAACUCAAGCUCUUUCAAAGCCAAUUUUCUCUAAUCUCAUUCAUGAGAUGCAUAAUCAUCCUUUGGGUUCUUACAUGGGUGGAGACACACUUAUUCGCAACAUCUCAACUACCUCCACUUCAAUCACAUCCUCUCUCGAACCGAGAAAAUCCUCCACUCCCCCAUCUACCCCUUCACAGUCAUUACCCACACCAUCAGCUGUCUCAGGCGUCAGUGUGCUGGAGAGUAACAAGGUUGAUUUAUCCAAAUGUCGACCGCGGUCAUCCAUCCCAUCCAAGCUGACGCCAUCCGUUUAUGGCCAACAAUGCGUGGCAGCUGCCUAUGCAUCUCGGCUUGAUCCAUAUGCAUUGCACGUGAAGGAGCAGGAGAUGUUACAAGACCAUCUCUGCCACAUGCAUGUCACUACGUAUUUGAACAUCCGCAAUGGAAUUUUGCGUCUGUGGACCCGAAACCCGAUGGUCAGCGUCAGCAGAGAAGAGGCUCUGGGAUGUGCCAAAGACUACCGUUGGAUGAACCUGGCGUCUUUGGCAUAUGACUGGCUGGCGCGUCAUGGAUACAUCAACUUCGGCUGUGUUGAGGUCCCCAUCCCUCCGGUGCCUCCCCGAAGAGGACGCCGCAAAGAAGGGCCCGUCAUUCUCGUUGUUGGAGCCGGCGUGGGAGGACUUGGUUGUGCUCGACAGCUUGAGGGUCUUUUCAGGCACUAUCGCGAUUCAGACACAGAGCCACGAGUCGUUGUUAUUGAAGGACGGCCACGGAUCGGUGGCCGCGUUUAUUCCCACCCCCUACACAGUCUCCAGUCUGAUAUGUUGCCCGAGGGCCUUGUUCCCAAAGCUGAAAUGGGCGCCCAGAUUAUCAUCGGUUUCGAUCAUGGUAAUCCUCUCGAUCCGAUUAUCCGCGGUCAGUUGGCGCUUCACCACCAUCUGCUUCACGACCUUUCCACAAUUUACGACUUUGAUGGCUCCCCCGUUCCCAACGCGCAGGAUGAAAUGGCCAACAAACUGUAUGAAGAUAUCUCAGAACGGGCCUUUGCCUAUCGCCACAAGAAGCUUGUCAGACAAACAGCCGAGGGUGACCACGAGAUGAUUGACUACGGGAAAGAGACUACGGUUGACGAUGGUAUUACAAUACGACAAUGGGAAGAAGCUCGAGCAGCGGGCACGACAGAUUCCCUGGUUCCUACCAAACGAGUCCGUCGACGCCGAGGAGUAGGGCACAAGACUGGAGAUGCCGGAGCAGCCAAUGCCGCGGCACCAAAACUGGAGGGCGACACUGAAGACCACCCAGCUGCCUUGACAGCCCAAACUGCGGGAUGGAAAUUAAGCGCGGGGUAUACUGCAACCGACACCCUGGAGCUGGAUCGCGUUGCCCACGCGAAGGAAGCACAGACCCUCGGUGCCGUUAUGGAUGAGGGAGUCAAGCAGUACCAAGAUAUGCUGCCACUGACACCUCAGGAAAUGCGGCUCCUGAACUGGCAUUUUGCGAAUCUCGAAUACUCCUUUGCCGCGAAUCCCAAGAAGCUCAGUCUGACCUUGGCGGAUCAGGACUCUGGUAAUGAAUUCGAAGGAUUGCACUCUAUGGUGGUUGGAGGUUACAACCAGUUGCCCUAUGGCUUGUACUCGGUUCCUGAUAAACUCAACGUCCACACCAACAAAACGGUCACGAAGAUUGCUUACAAUGCAAAUGGGGCUGGCAAUCGAAAGGCGGUUGUCUACUGUAAAAAUGGCGAGAAGUUCGUGGGCGACCACGUCGUCUACACCGGCUCUCUUGGCACGCUCCAGCAUCGCAGCGUCGAAUUCGACCCUCCCCUUCCUGAUUGGAAACAGUGUGCAAUCAAUCGCCUAGGCUUUGGUCUCCUGAACAAGGUUGUCUUGGUCUUCGAUGAGCCAUUCUGGGAUACCGAGCGUGAUUUCUUUGGUCUUCUCCGCGCACCUGACAAUUCUGAAAGUAUGGUCCAGGAGGAGUAUGCGGCGAACCGCGGUCGUUUCUACCUGUUCUGGAACUGCAUCAGAACAACUGGCCUACCCGUCCUGGUUGGUCUCAUGGCGGGAGAUGCCGCGCACCAGGCUGAGCAGACGUCAGAUGCUGAGAUUGUCGCGGAAGUCACCACGCAGCUGCGAAAUGUCUUCAAACACGCUGUCGUCCCUGAUCCUCUCGAGACGAUUGUCACUCGCUGGGCGUCAGACCCAUUCACUCGCGGCAGCUACUCCUUUGUAGCUGCGGGUGCUCAUCCAGAAGAUUACGAUCUUAUGGCGCGACAGGUUGGCAAUCUCCAUUUUGCCGGCGAAGCCACUUGCGGAACACACCCAGCCACCGUCCAUGGCGCCUACCUAUCUGGUUUGCGUGCUGCGGCAGAAGUCAUCGAGGCUACUAUCGGCCCCAUUGAGAUCCCUAUGCCCCUGGUCCCGGAGAAGCCCGCUGCUGCCAAUGGGGCCACGCCUCCGACGGCUAGUACUGUUGCGGGCACGCCCAAACGUCCAGCGCCGGCGACGUCCUCGAGGAGUCCCAACGUCGCAGCUGAUAAACGGCGCCGGGACACGUACGAGCAGGCCAUGUGGACGGCCAUCUACGCCGAGCUGGGGCCAACACCCACACCCCCAGCCAAGGCGGGGCGCAACCCUUUCCUCUUGUACCAGAAGGACUUCUGGGCCAAGUGCAAGGACCAGUGCGACGAGGCUCGCCGGGCAGCGUCCAACAACCCGAAUGCCAAGGCCUCACGAGAUGACAUUCGAGCGGCCCUUGGUCUGAUGUGGCGCAAUGCUCCACACGCGGAGAAGCAGCCGUACAUCGACCAAGUCGUGGCCAAUCGGAUUGCCAAUGAGGAGGCAUUCGAGAAGUUCAAGGUGGUGGCUGCGGAGUGGAACCGGCGCUCGUUCGAGGUCAAGGAUAAGUGGUGCGCAGAGAAUCCCUUUGAGGAUUGGCAUGUUCCGUCGGGCUCGACGGUGGCCAGUUAA